UCGCUGAACGGCUGGUAACUGCACAGCUCGCCCUCGGUUUUGCUGACUCGCCCUCGGUUUUGCAACCAGCUCGUGAGCUGCCGUCGGCCUCGGGUGGCCUUCUAAGGCCACCAGUGCUGCUCUCCUGCUCUCCCCAAGGCAAGCACCUGCAAGAACCAGACUCACUCCGCGCCCGGUGCGCUGCGUCCGAGCUCACACUUCUAGAGGAUUCCGGCCAUGGCUGACUGGCCUGCUGGCUUCGGGUCUGUGAAGCGGAGACUGAAUGUCCGGAAACACGGACCCCUGAGCGCAGCACAAGGCUGUUUCCGCGUGGUCCCUCCCACUCGGGGGAUAUAGGGCCCCACACUGACCCACCUCUGCUCACUGCUGAGAGGAGCCUCACACUUCACACAGAUCCAGUUUGCACGUUCUGGUCAGCCCUGGUCAAGAAUUGAAUCAACCGUCUUCUGCCUCCAUUUCACUGUGCGCUUGGCCCAGUUCCUCCCCUGGCUCCAGGCUGUAUGUCCAGGACAGGCCUGGCCUCAAAACCCGGCCCGGGUAGAGCUAGCCAUAGCAGUAACGUCAGCUUUGACCUUACCUCUGAACUCAGCUGAGCCACGUUACAGUUCUCACAGCCGCAGAGGCCUUGUGAAAACCACGUAUGAAAUGACUGAGAUGACAACCACCUACGAAAACUUGGGUAACUUCCGGACCAAGGAGAAAAACCAAGAGACCGGAAAAGCGGCCCUGCCCAUCCUGUGCCGCGUCCUCUCCUGGACCCAUCUGCUGCUGUUCUCCGCGGGCCUCAGCCUCCUCCUGCUGCUGCUGGCUGUCGCCUACAUUGGAUCCCAGAGCCGAGGCUUAAGCCAGAAGGUGACUUCUCUGGAGAGCACGAUGAAGGAAAGGGAGCAGGUGCUCAAAACACGUCUGUCUGAGGUCACAGAGCAUGUCCAGCAGCUGGGGAAGCAGCUGAAGGCCCUGGAGUGCCAGCUGGACAGCCUCAGGACCAAAGGCUCGUCCACAGCCUGCUGUCCCUCGCCCUGGCUGCAGCAUGGAGGCAGCUGCUACUGGUUCUCCCAGGCUCAGAAGUCGUGGGCCGAGGCCGACAGGGCCUGCCAGCUGGAGAACGCACACCUGGUGGUGGUCAACUCCCUGGAUGAGCAGAAAUUUAUUGAGGCCCACAAGGGCCCUGUGGCCACCUGGAUGGGCCUGACGGACCAGAACGGGCCCUGGAGAUGGGUGGAUGGCACCGACUUAAACUCGGGGUUCCAGAACUGGAGUCCGGAGCAGCCAGAUAACUGGCACGGACACGGGCUGGGAGGGGGCGAGGACUGCGCCCAGUUCACCUCCGAUGGCCUCUGGAAUGACGACGCCUGCCAGAGGCCCUACCGCUGGGUCUGUGAGACAGACCUGGCCAAGGAAAGCCUGGCCACAUAACCUUCUCCUUCAGGGUCUCCGGCUGGGAAAGCCUGGACCCUGGACUCCUCCUGGCCGCUUCAGCACUCCUGGGUUUGGUUUGGUUUUUAUCAAGAAUUUUAAGGCAAGGAGAAGGGCUCAGCUUUGAGGUGGUGCUGUGGUGUUUGGAAAAAUGACCGUAUUGAAAUCUGUGAUAUUGUGUGCAGCGUAUGACAGGUGACUUUUGAAUGUAAGGAAAAUUAAAUACUUUUCGCUGA